CGUGGAGGGGAACCUGUGGGCGUGGCAUUGAAGUCUCCGAGGUGACGGCACUGCACGCGAGCCAGUUAGUCCCCUGACACACGUCGUGGUGAAGAGGCACUAGAAACACCACCACCACCACCCCCCACCCUCACCUCUCUCCCGCACACACCGCCACGCUGCACUGCAUUAUUGCACUGCAUCGCCUUUUCGUUUUUGUUUUUUUUAUUAUUAUUUCUUAUUUAGGAAGUUUUGUGUUUUUUGCGGUUAACGAAGUUGGUGGGCUGUACUGAACACCCAUGGCCAGUACAGAACACCCAUGGCCAGUCCUUAACACCCACGGACAGUAACUGAACACUCACGAACCACACUGAACCCUUUAUGAACCGCACUGAACCUCUCCAAUCGUACCACUCCACGUGUCUCGAUCUCCCACCAGCAGACUCUACACGUUUCGAGACCCAGCAAAACCAUCCUCUUCGGCAACGCAGCUCCGACGAGGUGCGAUGGUGUGACAACUUUGGUGAUUGCAAGGAUUUUCUGAUGCAAGAGUUGGGACUUUAAAUACUCAAAACACAUGACCUACAGCUUUCUACGGUGUGUCUGAAAAAAGGAAACUGUAAGAAAUAACCAUAUAUAAGUUUCGUUCUACGAGAAACUAGUGCACGUUUUUUUCCGCAAAUAACAAUCACGUCAUCCAAUUUCCAGUGAUAAGAAAGUGGUAUUUACUAUGAUAAUAACGAGUGAAAGCAUCAGUGGCCGCUUCCCAGUGCAUUGGUAACUGACUCUCGCGACAAAGGACGAUGCAGGCGCUCUCGACGCAGCCCAGGAGCGAGGCCGUGACUCUCUUCGCCCUCGCCCUCGUGCUGGCGACGACCCGGGCCCUCGCGCCCUUCCGCGGCACCACCGACUCGGCGCCGACGGACACCCUGAGCAGCCCCCUCCUCGACCCUUACCCGUCGGCGACCCCGAGCCUCGCCGACGUCGAGUCCCGCUCGCUGGUGCCCCUCCGACGCCUUCACCAGAGCCGGGAUCCGUGGCGUCGGCGGGACCCCGCCCCCGUCAGGAAGGCCGACCGGUGGUCAGACACCAUCCGGAGGGCCGAGGCGGAGAGGGAGUCGGAGAAGACGCGCUGGUGGGUGAGCACGGAGCCCCGCGUCACGCUGGACACACCCACCACAGACUACACGCCCUCGCCGCCCCGCCCCGCCCACACCGACGCCUUCGCCGGGGCCCUCGCGAAGCCGCCCUUCGGCCACAAGGACAGGGACCCGUUCAAGCUGGGCCCCGCCCCGCCCAAGAAGGUGCCCUCGCGCUUCAGACCCAGGAAGCCCAGCGCCGCGCCCGCCACCUCGCCGACGCCCACCUACUGGUCCCCGCGGCCACAGCCCACGCCCACCCCGCCGCCCACUUACUGGUCCCCGCGGCCCCAGCCCACGCCCACGCCGCCGCCCACCUACUGGUCCCCGCACCCACCGCCCACCACCCUCUACGAAGAGCCCGCCGUCCUCCCGCCGCCCCAGGACCUCCUGCCGUACGUUCCACCUCGACGGCCAAGGUGGUUCUCACUUGACGAGCUCUUCCGCAUGUUGACGGAGGGCGGGGGCGGCCAGUGCGUGGGCGGCGAGGGGCGUGUGGGCGUCUGCAUGUUGCGGAGGAACUGUCAUCGCCUCGGAGGCACGCCCACCACUGCCUGUGCCUUUGGCUACGGGAACUGCUGUAUAGCAGCCAUGAGGAACGACUGUGGGUGGGAGGCGACGAGGAACCGCACCUACUGGUCUUCUCCCGGUCCUGGUAGCCAGGUAGUGACGACCGGUGCCUCCUGUGUCCUCAAUGUCCGGAAACUGUCCAACAACAUCUGCUCCAUAAGGCUGAAUUUCUCUAGGUUUUCGCUCACACCACCUAAUGAAGGGAACUGCUUGAGAGACCACCUAGCUGUGUCAGGACAAAACAUAAACAACUUUAUCCCCAAAGUCUGUGGAGAGAAUUCUGGCCAACACAUGUACAUUGAUGUAGACAAUGUCCCAGGACCUGUGGAAUUGAGAAUAAACACUGUAGGAAUCGGAUUCGAUCGAGAAUGGGAGAUAGAGGUGACCCAGAUCGAGUGCAACAGCCUUUACAGACCGCCCAAUAACUGUCUUCAAUACUUCACAGGGAGCCAAGGAACCUUUUCCUCUUUCAAUUACGUUCCAAAUUUACCCUCACAAUACUUGAAUAACCUGAACUAUGCUACCUGCAUACGAAAAGAGGCUGGUUUUUGUUCCAUUGUCUACACAACGACACCCACCUCUGCAACACAGUCCUUUGAACUGGUGAACUUUGUCAUCUCUCCAAGUGUGGCAACCUCUGUGGUCCCAGCAGGAGAGGCUGGCAUUGGCCUUAUCCAAUGUCCAGAUGAUUUUGUUAUAUUGGCUGGAACCAGACUGUGUGGCGACCGGUUAAAUGAUGGUUCGGCUGUUCCUACACGGACUGAUAAUGGCCCAGUGACUGACACUACAAACGGGCCCUUCAUCGUCCAGUUCCGAAGCAACGGGCAAAAUGCAGGACAGGGAUACCAGUUAACGUAUCAGCAAAUCCCAUGCUAGCAUUAUAAAUAUUAGUAGAUAUAUAAUUUCUGUAAUAAUCUUGUAUGAAUAAUGUAUAUAAAUGUUCUGUACUUUAUGUAUAUAGAUAUAUAACUGUAAGCGAUCAUAAUGAAAAUCAUUUGUAAAAAGGCAUUCAGGAAUGUGUGAGUUUGUAAUGUAAUAAUCAAGUUACUGUACAAAGAAAACAUUUAAUAGUAAUUGUGUGUAUUCUUUUUCAAUAAUUAUAGGAGAUAAUACAUACCUGCAGUCUUUAGACCUUAAGAAUUAUAUAUAAUCUCUAUAUCUUAAUACAAUGUUACUAAUGGACAAUUCUUCAUUUAUCAAAAUAUAAUGCAAAAAUA